GCUGAGCGGCGUGGUGUACGUCGCAGACAGAGAGGCCGGCUUCGGUCUGGCGUCUCAGGAGCCGUGGAUCCAGCACGCAUCGGUGCGGGACAACGUCCUGUUCGGGAAAGCCUACGAUCCCGUCUUCUACCAGGCCGUGAUCGAGGCCUGCGCUCUCUCAGACGACCUCAACGUUUUGCCAAACGGAGACAAGACAGAAGUGGGAGAGAACGGAGUGACUCUGAGCGGAGGUCAGAAGGCCCGACUCGCCCUCGCCAGAGCCGUUUACAUGGACAAAGACAUCUACCUCCUCGAUGAUCCGCUGGCGGCGGUCGAUACCGACGUGGCCGAACACCUCAUGAAGAAAUGCAUCAUGGAGCUCCUCAGAGGGAAGACCAGAAUCCUUUGCACACACCGCAUAGAGUUUGUGGACAAAGCGGACACGGUCGUCCUCAUGGACAACGGGACCAUCGUCAGGACAGGCACACCAGCAGAAAUCCUUCCUUUGGUCGAGGCCGUGCCCAAAAAACAGAAGAAUGACCACAACAGGAAAGAGAAAGAUGGUGUGGAGCAGGAGGACGAGGAGCCCGGUUCAUCGCCUGAUCUGCGCGUGGACGAUGACCCCGACCGGUCGUUGGCGGAGCAGAAGCAGGCGGGCGGGCUGGCGUGGAGAGUUUACCAGACCUACUGGGCGGCUGUGGGCGGAGCGCUGGCCGCCUCCAUCCUGAUGUCUCUGCUCCUCAUGCAAG